GGAUAGGCAUGGCAGGACCCGCAGCCCCGACGUGGGGAAGGACGCCCCGUCCCGUCCCUGCAGGAGCCCCCGACCCGGCCCGCGGGGCGAAUUGGCUCCAGGGGGUAGGAGCGGGACAGAGACCGCCGUGCCUCCCCGCCAGCGCUGUCCCGGGACCGCAGAGCGGCUCCGCCGGGGGGCAGGAACGGAGCUGCCGCUGCCCUCGCUGGCCGGGCGGGGGAGACACGGCCCCGCGGUCCUGAGCCCGGCCCGCCCCGCUCCGCCCCGCCGGCGGGGGGGACCGCCCGGCCAGCCUCCCCGGGGCGGUGCCGCGCAGAAGCGGCGGCGCGAUGGAGGGCGGCGGCGGCGGCGGCGGCGGCGGCGGCGCGUACGGGGCGGCCAAGGCCGGCGGAGCCUUCGACCUGGGCCGCUUCGUGCAGCAGCCGCAGGUCCUGGCGCGGAUCGCCAGCGCGGUAUUCGCCCUGAUCGUGUUCGCCUGCCUGGUCGGUGAGGGCUACAGCAGCCUGCCCACAAACCCCCAGCUCUUCUGCAUCUUCAACCACAACGAGGACGCCUGCCGCUACGGCAUCGGCAUCGGCGUCCUGGCCUUCCUCGCCUGCAUCUUCUUCUUCAUGGUGGACGUCUACUUCCCCCAGAUCAGCAACACCACCGACCGCAAGUACCUGGUGCUGGCGGAUCUCGGCUUCUCAGGUCUCUGGACAUUCCUCUGGUUUGUUGGGUUUUGUUUCCUGGCCAACCAGUGGGCCUGGACACGGGCUGAGGACGUGCUUGUUGGGGCUGACUCAGCCCGUGCUGCCAUCACCUUCAGCUUCUUCUCUAUCUUCUCCUGGGGCCUCCUGAUCACCUUCGCUUACAAGAGAUACAAGAUGGGGGUGGAGGAUUUUGUUCACAGCUACGUUGACCCUACCCCGGAGGUUUCGGCUCCCUACUCCAGCUACCCCAACAUCAGCCAUGACAGCUACCAGCAGCCACCCUUCACCCAGACAGUGGAAGGCCCGGAGGGUUACCAGCCCCCGCCGGUGUACUGAGCCCCGGCAGGAUGGCUCUGCUAGUGCAAUUCUCUUCUGUGGGGUGGGAAGGAGGGACCUGCGACUCGGAGGGCAAGGUGGGGCAGAGGGGUGGUGGCUGCUUUGUGUUGGGGCCACUGGCCUCAGUGCUGGUCCUGGUGGCAGAGCCGAGCUCCAUGCGGCUGGGAGCCGCAGUUCGGCAUGCGGUGGGUGACUUUGCAUGUUGUGGGUGAUUCACAGUGCCUGAGCAUGGCCCUGCGGAGGAAGUGUGGGGCUGCUGCGUGGUUUGUUCCCCCUGGCUGUACCCUGUGCCUGCUGCCCUGGCCCAUCCUGACACUGGUGGCUUUCCAGCCCUGCUGUCUGCACCCCAAGUGCCAGCUCUUGCUGCCAUCUCACAGCCAGGUGUUCCAGCUCCUGCCUGCCGCUGGCUGCCCGUGCCUUACCCCUCAGCUGCUGCUGGGUGAGCUUGAUGCCAAAGCCCUGUCCUCUUUGACUGUAACCUCCCGUGCUGUGCCUUUGCCACAGCCUGCACUAGAGCUGCCAGUGCUCGGAUGACACGGUUUGGGAGCCGUGGGAGUGGUGAGCACUGGACCUAGCAGGGCUGUGGCUGCUCCUGGUGUCCCAGCAAGGUCCUGGAGCACUGUCCCCAAGGGCUUGGCCCCUUGCUUGCCCCCACAGAAGCAAGGCUGCCAUCCCACCCCACUACUCCCUGACAGCACCCAGCUCUGUUGCUGUGCUGCCAUCUCAGGUUGUUUUCUGCUGUACCUGUUGUGAAGCUGUUCCCAGCAGCUGUGUGGGUAUGCAAGCUGUUGCUGCUGGGGCUGGCCUUCAGAGAGUUGUUUGUCACUGUAGAGAUGGAAUAAACUUUUUCACCGA